AGCAGGGCAGAGAUUUCGCAGGAGAGACAUUGAGAAUCAAAAUAAAAAAACAAAAAAGUUUCGAGGUGAAAGCGAGAAAUAAUCUGUGCGGGACAGAGGCAGCGAGCGCACUGGCGAAGCAAUGGCGGAAGAUGAUGACAUCUGGCCCUUGUUUGCGGUGGGUCAGCCCAUUGGCAUCGAUAUCAGGGCUCGGGUGCAGCAGUUUGUGGAGGAGAGGAUGCAGACCACCAUGUUGACAGGAAUCAUGAUCGGAGCGGCUGUGGCGAUCUCACUGAUUGGAGUCGUGGUGCUGUUUAUCUAUAGGCGCUUCAAGCAGUCGAGUGAGCAGCAGGCGGGCGGGCCUCAGUAUCGCUUCAGAAAGAGGGACAAGGUGAUGUUCUACGGGCGGAAGAUCAUGAGGAAGGUGCAAACCCUGUCCUCGUCCACCUCCAUCAGUGGACACAAGACCGAGUCGAGGCAGAGACCCCGGAAAAGAACCAGAGUGCUGACCCUAGCCCGGAGAAUCCUGCGGAUUAGGAAGGAGCCCCCCACUCUGCAGCCCAAGGAGCCCCCCCCCUCCCUGCUGGAGGCCGACCUGACGGAGUUCGAUGUGAAGAACUCCCACCUGCCCUCCGAGGUUCUGUACAUGCUGAAGAAUGUGCGGGUGCUGGGGCACUUUGAGAAGCCGCUCUUCCUGGAGCUGUGUAAGCACAUGGUGUUCGUUCAGCUGCACGAGGGAGAGCACAUGUUCCGACCGGGCGAGGCUGAUGACAGCAUAUACGUGGUGCAGGACGGGCGACUGGAGCUCAGCAUACAGGAGAGUGAUGGGACAGAGCCAGUGGUGAAGGAGGUUCUCCCAGGGGACAGUGUCCACAGCCUGCUCAGCAUCCUGGACAUCAUCACAGGUUACCCCGCCCCCUAUAAGACAGUGUCGGCCCGUGCAGCCGCUCGCUCCACGAUCCUGCGCCUCCCCGCCAGCGCCUUCAAAUCCCUCUUCGAGAAAUACCCCGAAACACUGGUCCGAGUCAUCCAGAUUAUCAUGGUGCGUCUGCAGAGAGUCACAUUCCUGGCUCUUCACAACUACCUGGGGCUGACCACUGAGCUCUUCAACUCGGAGAGCCAGGCCAUCCCGCUGGUCUCUGUCUCCAGUGUAAUCGCAGUAGGCAGCCCGGGGCGAGGAGUGAGGAGGCAGCUCUCUACUGCCGCCCUGGAGGAGGAGCCCAGCCCCAGCACUGAGGGGCCAGGAGAGAGCAGCAGCGAGACAGAGCCGGUGAAAGUUUCUGCUUCAGACAGCGUGUCGGUUAACUUCAGGAGGAGCCGCUCCCAGUCCAUGCCUCUGGAGCCAGCAGGUGCUUCUCCCUCCAGCAAGUCGGACCUGGACAUGGCCUACGAGAGGGCGAGGGUCAACCGGGCUCUGGAGGACCUGUCCGCCAUCGCCAUCACGCACAAGUCGAUCCUGAAGAAGAGUGUGACGAUGCAGGAGACCCCCUCUGCUGUGUAUCACUACAGUGAGGGGGGAGAGCGCACAGACCAGGUCCCCCCCAGCAAGGUCAGCGCCGUCUUUGAAGCAGCCAAGACAGACCUGCUGAGGCUCAUGAAGCUCAACGACCCCAGUCUGCUGAAUGGCAGGGUGACGCUGCACCAGGUGAAGGCUGGCACAGUCGUGGCCCAGCAGGGAGACCAGGACGUGACUAUCCGCUUCGUGAUCUCGGGGCUGCUCCACGUGUACCAGCGCAUGAUCGACCGCGAGGAGGACACCUGCCUGUUCAUCACCCACCCGGGGGAGCUGGUGGGGCAGCUGGCGGUGCUGACCGGGGAGCCUCUCAUCUUCACCGUGCGAGCGCAGCGCGACUGCAGCUUCCUCUCCAUCACCAAGACACACUUCUACGAGAUCAUGCGCGAGGAGCCCGGUGUGGUCCUGAGUGUGGCGCACUCUGUGGUCAGGAGGAUGUCUCCCUUCGUCCGGCAGAUCGACUUCGCUCUCGACUGGAUGGCAGUGGAGGCAGGCAGGGCUGUCUACAGGCAGGGCGACAAGUCUGACUGCACCUACAUCGUGCUGAACGGCCGGCUGCGCUCCGUCGUCAUGCAGGACGACGGGAAGAAGGAGCUGGCUGGAGAGUACGGGCGCGGGGACCUCAUCGGAGUGGUCGAGGCUCUCACCCAUCAGCCCCGCGCCACGACGGUCCACGCGGUGCGAGACUCAGAGCUGGCCAAGCUGCCCGAGGGGGCGCUCAACUCCAUCAAGAGGCGCUACCCGCAGGUGGUGACGCGCCUCAUUCACCUGCUGGGUCAGAAGAUCCUUGGUAACCUGCAGCAAGUCAGCGGGCCCCUGUCAGCUCGUGGCCUGGGUCUGCACAGCUCUGGCAGUAAGUGGGAUGCUGGGAACCCGGCCAGUAACCUCUCCACUGUGACCAUCCUGCCCGUCUCGGAGGAGGUGCCGAUGACCGCCUUCACGCUGGAGCUGCAGCACGCCCUGGAGGCCAUCGGUCCCACAUUAUUGCUGACCAGUGACAGCAUCAAACAGCGACUGGGGUCGGCAGCGCUGGACAGUGUCCACGAGUACCGCCUUUCGAGCUGGCUGGGGCAGCAGGAGGAUAUCCACCGCAUUGUUCUGUACCAGUCUGACAGCAGCCUGACCCCCUGGACUCAGCGCUGCAUCCGCCAGGCAGACUGCAUCCUCAUUGUGGGGCUGGGAGACCAGGAGCCCACUGUGGGAGGGCUGGAGCGCAUGCUGGAGAGCACGGCUGUGCGUGCGCAGAAGCAGCUGAUCCUGCUGCACCGCGAGGACGGCCCCGCCCCCUACCGCACCGUGGAGUGGCUGAACAUGCGCAGCUGGUGCUCGCGACACCUGCACCUCUACUGCCCGCGCCGUGUCUUCUCAAACCGGAGCCUGCCCAAACUGAGAGAGAUGUACCAGCGUGUUUUCCAGAAGACUCCAGACCGGCACUCGGACUUCUCUCGGCUGGCGCGGGUCCUGACUGGGAAUGCCAUCGCGCUGGUGCUGGGGGGCGGAGGAGCCAGGGGCUGCUCACAGGUGGGUAUUAUCCGGGCGAUGACUGAGGCUGGCAUUCCCAUAGACCUGGUGGGCGGGACCUCCAUCGGCUCCUUCAUGGGCGCCCUGUAUGCAGAGGAGAGGAGCUUCAAUCGCAUGAGGAUCCGAGCACGGGAGUGGGCAAUGGAGAUGACGUCUUGGUUCAAGAAGGUGCUGGACCUGACCUACCCAAUCACCUCCAUGUUCAGUGGGGCCGCCUUCAACUCCGGCCUCAGCAGCAUCUUCAAGAGCAAGCAGAUCGAGGACCUGUGGAUCCCCUAUUUCAACAUCACCACUGACAUCACCGCCUCGGCCAUGCGGGUCCACACAGAUGGCUCGCUGUGGCGGUAUGUUCGUGCCAGCAUGUCCCUCUCGGGGUACCUGCCCCCCCUGUGUGACCCCAAAGACGGACACCUGCUGAUGGACGGGGGCUACAUCAACAACCUGCCAGCGGACGUGGCGCGGUCCAUGGGUGCGAAGGUGGUGAUUGCCAUUGACGUGGGCAGCCAGGACGAGACGGACCUCACAAACUACGGGGACUCGCUGUCGGGCUGGUGGCUGCUGUGGAAACGCUGGAACCCGCUGGGUGAGAAGGUCAAGGUGCUGGACAUGGCUGAGAUCCAGACGCGGCUGGCCUACGUGUGCUGCGUCAGGCAGCUGGAGAUGGUGAGGAGCAGCGAGUACUGCGAGUAUAUCCGACCGCCCAUUGACCGCUACGGCACUCUGGACUUCGGCAAGUUCAACGAGAUCCUGGAGGUGGGGUACCAGCACGGGAAGACUCUGUUUGAUGUGUGGUGCCGCAGCGGGGUGGUUGACAAGAUGCUGAAGGACCGACACCAGGAGGAGUUCCACAAGAGCAAGGCCUCUGACGUGGUGACCUGUCCCAACGCCUCCUUCACGGACCUGGCUGAGAUCGUGUCCCGAAUUGAGUCGGUCAAACCCGCCGUGGUGGAUGAUGAGUCCGAUUACCAGACUGACUACGAGGAGGAAUCGACUGAGGUGUUGAGGGGGGAGUUCAAGCCGUCCAAUCAGAACAGCGAGCACACGGAGGAGGAGGAAGAGACAUGUGACACGGACGAGGAGAUGGAGCUGCGACACCGCCGAGUCACGAGACAGUCCGCGGCGGGCAGUGCUCAUUAGCACAGCGCCCCCCGUGGGGCUGGAGGAGUAUUACGUGUGUGUGUGUGUGUGCCAAUCCGAACGCUCAGACCGUCUCUCUCUGUACGCCGGGCAGCCUUCAAGAACAGACACCAAUCCAGAACAGUUUCAAACCGAGCCCAGUGAACAGACCUCAGCGCUUUGAGCAAAUUCUCCAGAGAACUGGCUGCAGCCCUGACUUUAAGGAAAAAAAAGAUGCUUUUUUAAUUCUUGUUAUUUUUUAUUGUGCCUGUAAGAAAUGAGUCUGAUUCAGCUGCCAGGCUGCCUGACUCUCCUCUCUCCAGUCCACUCCAGCAAUGUUCUUCAAAACACUCGUCCCAAAUUUCAAUCUGCAGUGCUUUCUGGUGCAAAGGAGUUGUCAGUGGCAACUUUUAUUCCCUGCACAUCGAACACUGAAACAAUGUAAUUACAAACAUGAAAAACACUCAGGCUUUCCGGGAUGCAGCGUAUAUUAACGUUAUAGUGUGAUCCGCUCAAGAGUCAUCUAGUUAUUUUAAACGCAGCAGGAUGGGCUGGAGCGACAAGAGCCAGGCAGCUUGGGAUCAGAUCAAGAUCAGCUUAAAGAAAAAUCAGCACGAAACGGAUUCACUGCCUUUGAGUUGAGGCAGCGUGCCUUCAAGUGCCCUCCCUUUGCAGAGAGCAGGGACAGCAGUGUGGACAUGUUGUGAAUGAGAGCAGCACUGCCCGGUUCCCUCCUCUGUCAAACCCAUGCUAGCCUCCCCUUCAGAGCGGCGCUGCAGUGACUCGCUUUGUGCAAGUGUUUAAUGAAAGGUGUUACUACAGACCUGAGGCAGGACAGCGUGGCAGAGAGCAGCGCUAGAGUGGUGCCAGUGUAGCUCUGCGGGUAUGAGCCGUGCCAGCGCUGCACGCGGGUGCUUGUUAUUGUUUGUGUUUGUAUUUUUUGAGUCGCUCUGCCUUGUCACAAACCUGCAGCCCUGUGCGACUGUGCUGUGUGUGAGCAGAGAGCCCUGCUGCUGCUUUAUGAGCGGUCAGGAAGUGUUAAAGAAUCAUGGAACAGGCUUGAGUGCGCCUCGCGUUUACAGAGCUCUCUUUCACCACUCCAGGGAGUGGCACUUUUCAUCAUAGCCCAGCUACUACCAGAGCACAUGGCUUUCUGUACAGAGACAGCUGUUAGUCUGAUCAUCUCUCCAGGAAUGGUGUGAGCGAAAGGGCACGAGCACUCGGAGAAGCCAAAAAGAAAGAAAGAAAAAGCAAGCAGGCAGGCAAACAAUCAAGGCGGCAGGCAGGCAGGCAGGCAGGUAGGCAGGCAGGCAGGCAGGCAGGCUAGCUCACUCCGUGGGAAUAGGGCUUUGAUUUUGUACAGUGUUGCACACGAUCGGUCACCGAGUAGCACAGGGUUCAGUUUGAAGAGAACUCAUCAACACGUUCGAAGUGAGCGGUUUUACAAACCACACUGUGCCUAAGCUUAUCAGCAGAACAGUGCUGUUAGUUCAGAGGGAGGGAGCAUUCUCUGAAUCGUAUCGUUUCACUGUAGGAGUAGCAGUGUUAUUCGAAUCACUGUAGUAAAUCUGAUGAUGAUAUUGUCAUUAUUUUGACUGUAAUAACGUGUAUCUGAUUGAGAAGGACUGAUCUGCUAACAUUUCAAGCCUGUGUCUGUCAAUGCUGCUCUAUCUGAAACUGGACCAUACUAAUCAAUGUGAUGUUCCUGUUCCUUUAUUUUCAAAGACUUUACUUUCCUAUAUAAAUCAAUGAAAAGACAA